AUGCCUCAAGUUAACAUCUCCCAAAAGCGUAAGCACGUCGCUGACGGUGUUCUCUAUGCCGAACUUAACGAGUUCUUCACCCGUGAGCUCGCUGAGGAGGGAUACUCUGGUGUCGAAGUCAGAACCACCCCUACCAAGACUGAAAUUGUCGUCAGAGCCACUCACACCCAAAACGUUCUUGGUGAGAACGGUCGUCGUAUCCGUGAAUUGACUUCUCUUGUCCAAAAGAGAUUCAGACUCCAAGAUGGUUCUGUUGCCAUCUACGCUGAGCGUGUCCAACAACGUGGUCUCUCUGCUGUCGCUCAAUGUGAGUCUCUUCGUUACAAGCUUCUUAACGGUCUUGCCAUCCGUCGUGCUGCUUACGGUGUUGUCCGUUACGUCAUGGAGUCUGGUGCCAAGGGUGUUGAGGUUGUUAUCUCUGGUAAGCUCCGUGCUGCUCGUGCCAAGGCCAUGAAGUUCCAAGAUGGUUUCAUGAUCCACUCUGGUCAACCCGUUGUUGACUUCAUUGAUACUGCUACUCGUCACGUUUUGCUUAGACAAGGUGUUCUUGGUAUCAAGGUUAAGAUCAUGAGAGACCCUGCUGCUGGUGCCAAGCCUGGUACUCCCAAGUCUUCUCUUCCCGAUUUCGUCAACAUCCACCCCCCUAAGGAGGAGGCUGCUGUUGCCGAGCCCAAUGUCAUUGACUACACUCCCAGAGCUCCUGCUCCUGUCGCUGAGGAGCAACCCGCUGAGGCUGCUGCUCCCGUCGAGCCUGUUGCUUAA